GUGACGUGACGCAAUUGUUCAUAUUGACAGAUUGGAGACAAGCCGCAUCGGCACUACUACCUGUAAUUUUUAACAAAAUGUUUCGUUCAGCAGCAAGAUUUUCUUCCGUUUUAAAGAACAAAGGUUACAAAUCAAACAUCUUACUCAAGGGGAAAGAAUGCCUAAGUGUGUUGCCUUCAAGAAAUGUCAGUGAAGAUUCUAAGUCUUUCGGCUUAAACCUGUUCCGUGGUCAGAAUCAUGUUGACCAAGUGUUCCCUUUCCCAGAUGUGCUGGAUGAAGAACACAAGGAGAGUUUGCAGAUUCUUGUAGAUCACACAGCCAAGUUCUUUGAGGAGCAAAACAACAGUGAUAAGAAUGAUGCCUUGGAGACGGUGGAACCGGAAACCAUGCAGGGACUUAAGGAGCUGGGGGCCUUCGGACUACAGGUCCCUCAUGAACACCAUGGGGUAGGGCUGACCAAUACACAGUAUGCCAGGCUAGUGGAGAUAGUUGGAGCUCAUGACCUUGGAGUGGGCAUCGUCCUUGGAGCACAUCAGUCUAUUGGGUUCAAGGGAAUCCUCUUGUUUGGAGAUGACAAGCAGAAAGCCAAAUACUUACCAAAACUUGCCAGUGGGGAAACAAUGGCAGCUUUCUGUCUGACUGAGCCCGCUAGUGGGUCUGAUGCCAGUUCAAUCAAGACUCGGGCCCGCCUCUCACCUGAUGGCAAACACUACAUCCUGAACGGUGGGAAAAUCUGGAUCAGUAAUGGAGGACUAGCUGAAAUAUUCACAGUGUUUGCCAAGACAGAAGUGAAAGAUGAGAAAACAGGAGACAUGAAGGACAAGGUCACAGCCUUUAUAGUGGAGAGGAGCUUCGGAGGUGUCACAAAUGGUGCACCAGAGAAGAAAAUGGGGAUCAAGUGUUCAAAUACUGCUGAAGUGCACUUUGAAGACGUGAAAAUACCUGUCGAAAAUGUUCUUGGAGGUAUUGGAGGUGGAUUUAAAGUGGCGAUGAAUAUUCUUAACAACGGUAGAUUCGGUAUGGUUGCUGCAUUGGCUGGAACAAUGCGCUACAGUAUCGAUAAAGCAGUUGACCACGCAGCACACCGAUUGCAAUUCGGGAAGAAGAUCUAUGAGUUUGGAGCCAUUCAGGAGAAGCUGGCUGAGAUGGCAAUCAGACAUUACGUCACUGAGUCGAUGGCCUAUAUGAUCUCUGGAAACAUGGAUGCAGGAUUCAAGGACUUCCAAAUUGAAGCUGCCAUCGGCAAAAUAUACGCCUCAGAGUCUGCGUGGUACUGCGCCGAUGAAGCUAUCCAGAUCAUGGGUGGUAUGGGAUAUAUGAGGGCCUCGGGCAUUGAACGUGUGAUGCGUGAUCUCAGAAUAUUUAGGAUCUUCGAGGGCACCAAUGACAUUCUGCGUCUGUUUAUCGCCAUGACAGGAAUGCAAUAUGCUAGCGGGAGCCUCAAAGAGGUGCAGAAAGCCCUCCAGAACCCCAUCGGGAACUUCAACGUUGUUAUGGAUACUGGAACCAGAAUGAUGAAGAGGCGAAUGGGUAUCAGUACCGGAGUGUCGUUUGAGUCAGUGGUGCAUAAUGACCUUGCCACGUCUGGCAAACAGGCCGCCAAGUCCAUCGAGCUGUUCGGCGGCACUGUUGAGACGCUGCUUAUGAAGUACAAGAAGUCAAUCAUAGAUGAACAAAUGUUACUGAAUCGUGUGGCUGAUGCAGCUAUCGACAUAUAUGGGAUGGUGUCGGUUUUGUCACGUGCAUCUCGGUCUCUCACAAACAACGUCCCCUCCGCCCAGACCGAGUCUCAUAUGUGUCAGGUCUUCUGUGAGGAAGCUUCCAUCAGGGUAGAAAGAAAUCUUGAGACAGCCAAAUCAGGGGCGGCCUACAAAAGAUACAAGAAAAUGUCUGAUAUUUCCAACCAUGUAAUCCAAGCGGGUGGCAUCGUACAAGACCAUCCAUUGGGAUUUUAACAAAGACUGAACAAUUGUGACCUUUUGUUGUUGUGAAAUUUAAUAAUUAGAGGACUUUAGAUGUAUUAUACAAUAAUAUACAAAAAUUCUGAGAAUACCGGUAUUUUUAAAUGGCUAGUAAAAGAGUGGAAACUUUAUCAGGUGUGUAAGUUCUGUUUUGAGAGAUUUAAGUGAAAAGGGUUUAACUGCUGUUUUUCAAUGUGGCUUAAAACCUUUUCACUUUCACAGCUUGGCUUAUUAGUCAGCUGAUAUUCAUAAAGCAUCUUAAGUCAUUCCCUAACUUAAGACACUUUCUUAAUUUAAGUAUCUCAUUGGUCAUAUGAUAUAAAAUAUGAAUUAUUUCUGAAAUACAUUAUUUUCUUAGCCCUUAUUGAAAGGACAUACUUAAAUGUUAAAAACAUUUAUAGAUUUGUAUGGUGGCAUAUUACAUAUUAUGAUAACAUGAUAGCAUUCAGGAAUUGUUUCUUGUUAACCACUUAAUUUUAGUGAUAAAUAUCUAGCCAUCUAGUUUGUAUUGGCAAUACUUUUUUGGUAAGAUAAAUAUUUUUAAAGUAAUAACAGGCUUUUAUUAGCGCAAAAAUUAAAUGGUUAACACAAAACAAUUUACGAAUCUUAACAGGUUAUCUUACGGCAGUUAUAUGCCACCAUAGAUUUGUUAUAAUCUGAUUAUGAACAUUUUAAGAAAUCAACUUAGGUUCAGAAAUGACUUAAGAUGAUUUUUGAAUACAGCCUCAGUGUUAUACGGCUUAUUGUCUGUUUAUUUUGACAUUUUUUGAAUAUAUAUAAUAUAAUAUAUAUAUAUAUAUACUCUCUUUUGAGGAUUUGGAUGAAUGUAUAUCAUUUAUUGACAUGUACAUUUUUAAUGGAAGAAGGCAAUGCAAUUGUUCAUUCUACAAUAAUGGUCACUCACAAAACUUAAAUUAAGAAACAAAUAAUGUGUUCAAUUAAUUGUUCAUAUAAUCAAACCUUGUAAUUUUAAAGCGGGUGAAUUUGUGCAAAGAUCUUUACAUUAACAUUAGGUCAUAAAAAAUGUAUUAACGUUAAUUUUGUUCUCAGGGAUUAAUGCGUUGAGAAAACCUUGAGCUGAAAUACUUUUUUUCCUAGUUUUAAAUGAGGUCAAUGUUGAAAGUCUUGCCCACAAAUGUGUUAUUUUUUACAAUAUUUAUGCUUUUGUCCAUUUGCUAAGUUAAACAAAUAAUAAUAAGAUUUGAACUUUUAUCUGCGCAUACUUUUGAGACUAUAUCUAUUCUCUACUUUAAUUAAAAAUAUUUUUUUUAAGAAUCUAGGAACAUGUUAUACUAACGAAAGUGAUCUUUUCGUCUAUUUUGCUUCGAGGACAAAUACACCAAUAGUGUGUCAACCAUAUUUGAAAUGUUUGUUCAGAAUCCUGCAAUGACGCUUUGACUCUUUCCUUGUUUUAUGUCAUUUAUAUUGCUUGUAUUUAAACGUGUUUUUUCGUUAUAUGGUUAUCAGUUUAAAUAUAGGUAAUACAACGCCAACAAGGACAGUGAAAAAGUGCACGCGCAUGACGACAUACGACGACACGGGAUUUGCAACAAUUCAAAUCAACUUGCAGUUAGAAAUCGAAAAUCAGUGUGUUGUUUUGCAAAAACCUCCGUUACUAUUAUUAUAUUUAGCAUAAAACUGUGAUGUCAUAUUGCCAGGGUGUCCUACUACUCGGUGUUGUAUAUUAUCGAGGGCUUAUUACAAGACUGUUACAAUGCUUUCUUUUUCUAUAUUUAGCUACAACUGUCCUGCACUUAGCCCGCGAUUUAUUUGCACAUUUACACCAAUUAUACAUAACUGUUUUUUUUUCUGUUCAUGUGUUUUGCAGUAUCAGCAUAAAUUGUGUCAUCUUGUGUAUACUAGCAGAAAAAAAGAAAUUGUGCAUUUUAAAAAAAUCCGUCGUAAUGAUGCCAUGUCGUUCGAUGAUGAUAUGAUGUUUACCUCGACUAUACGAUAAAGAAAUUUUACUGUGAUACAGAGAGGUUCUCUGAAAAGCAUGUGAACAUUUUCAGAAUUAAGUUGUCUUAAAAACUGGCUAUUUUGGGGAUUAUUAAAGACUCAUCAUUUUUUUUUUGCAUGCACAGUUUCUUUUUUCUGCUAGCAUAGUUUAUCAAUGCAAAUCUACCAUAACAUUUCAAAAGAUACAUAUUGUUGUUUUAUUCAUUAUUAUAAUGUUUAAGCUUUCAUUUCAUUCAUAAUUUGCCUUCGCGAGGACAUUGACCAAAUUCUUCUGAAAAUUUACAUUGAUAAAAUUCAUAAGCUACAUUUUAUAAGGAUGCAUGUUUCAUAGUUUAGUAAGGCUUAGUUAGUAUUUUCUAUCAGUAUGUCUUAAGAGAAAAUGUUUAGUUGUUUGGUUAGUGGUUGUAUCUGAUUGUUAUUUUUCUUUUCUGUCCGAAUAUGUAUAUGUUUGCCAUGGAUUAUGCAAAAUGUGAUAAUAUAAACCUUCGAACCAAAACAUUUCAUUACCAGAGAUAUACUAUUAGUCCAUCAUAUUUAUCCACUGAAAAUUGCGCUCAAUUUUAGUUGAAAAAACAAACAAACAACAAACUACAAUAACUUAAUCUUUCAUGUUUUAAGUCAUUUAUUUUAUAUGUAAAUGAUCAGCAAGAAAUGCCCUUUCAAAUGCUACCAAAUUUAUUUGGGGUUAUUGUUGUAUUAUUUAUUAGCUGUAGGGAUGAUAGAUAAAGACUGCGCUAUAAUUUAGAAUGUUUAUUUGACAUUAGCAAACUACAGACUGCUGAUAAGCCCAGCCACUCAUAGGAAGCUGAUAUCAUAUUAGAACAGUUAUCUGGAAUCAAAAUUAACCAUAAUUACCAAUGUCUCUCAUACAUUCAGGAGAUGUAUGAAGCAUUGUUAUUGUUUAGAUCAAGAUUGGUGAAUGAAGCAAUUGAAAGAAGAUUGUUUGGAUAGAUUCUAUUAUGAUCAAAAUUUGCUAUUGAAACAAUUUGGACAAAGAUUGCAUGGAUAGAGUCUAUUAUUUUGAUCGAAAUUGGCUAAUACAACAAUUUGACAAAGAUUGCUUAGUUAGAUUCUAUUACUAUGAUCAAAAUUUGCUAUUGAACCAAUUGGAACAUAAUUGUUGUUACAGAUUCUAGAAAUGGAUUAAUAGUAUAUCAGUGGUAUUGGAAUCGUUCAUAUUAUUAUGUUCUUUUAGAUAUAUUACUUGUGUUGUUUAUAGGCUGUAUCUUCAAUAAUUCAUAUAAAACCAUGCUCAUUCAAAUUUUGUAUUAAAGAAACAAAAUUAAAACAUGAAACCACA